AUGUCAAAUUCUGAAUUUGAACUUGUACUGAAAAAAGAAUUUAUCAAUUUUUUAACAAAAGUUGUAAAAAUAAUGGGAGAUGAAGUUUCACAUCUCGAGAAAGAAAUAAUAAUUCAAGUAUCAAAAAUCGAGGCAACUCAAAACAGAAUGAAACUCAUUACCCAGAACAUUGUAUUUAUUGAAACAAAAAGAACAAAAAUGGAGGAAGUUUUAGGUAACUUACAAGCCUCAUCAGAAAAAGAAAAAUCAAUCAUUGAAAGCUUGGAUAGGGAAAUGGAUCAAUUAAGAGGAGAAGCAAUGAGAAUUGAAUCAGAAAUUAGAGCUCAAAGAGCGGCUGUUGAUUCAUUUGGUCCUUUUAAGUUUUUAGCUGAAGCUGCUAUGGCUCUUAUUAAUGAACUAACUGGGGACUUAAAAAAUGCCUACAAUAGACUCGAGCAAUACAGAGAUAGAUACAACCAACUUGGUCGUUACUUUCAAGAGUCGAUGGAGAAAGAAAGAGAAUAUAGUGAAGCCAUAAGAAAUAUAUAUGAAGAAAAGAAAAAACUAGAUUAUGAACAAAAUGAUUGUGAGAUGUACAUUAAAGAACUAGGAAGAGAUAAAACCAAACAAGAGGAUUUUAAGCUUGAUCUUCAACAAUUCAAAACAAAAUCACAAUCAUUACUCGAUACCCUCAACCUCAACCUCGAGUUUUCUGAUGACAUGCUCAACACCAAACAAGAGUUAAUAAAGCAAAUCGUGGAUGCAUACUCAUCCCAUAAAAGAGUACCACCACAAGAGUUAUUUGAAAUCUCCUCAAGCACCACCGUAAAUUCAGUUUAUAGAAUUAGUUCACUUUAA